GCUGCAGAUCCGUAGAUCUCUGCUGGGCAGUGCUAUUUCCCCGGACCACGUGCUACGCACUUCGCAACGGCUUUCACAGGUGGCAUGGAGGUAGAGAGAACUCGAGACCAAAGGAUUAUUAAAGCAGAUGCGCUACUGCAAUGAACUGGCUCACCCGACGGUUCACUAUGAUUCUUCUACUCCGUGCUCAAGGUGAAUCCCCAUGUUUCAGUACUGCUACGGACUCCGCAGUAGGGUAGGUGAUUGCUUUUACUGUCAGAACUCGCUUGGCGGAAACGUCACGCCUCAUUCAGCCUCCAAUCCACUCCCAGAUUCAACGUCAUCGUGAAAGUUACCAGUAUGAACAACGUAUCUUGAAGGAACGGCCGUCCUCAAAUUAUGGACUACAUCUCCUCCAUUUCAUCUACUGCUAUGCAGGGAAAGGCUAAGAUGGCAAGUCAACAUAAGCCUGCCAAUCCACUGAGUUAUCCUCAAAGCAAGCAGCCAUUUAGCUCUGAGCUUUUCAAAAAUCCUACUUCUGAGUACAGAGGAUGUCCCUUAUGGUCCUGGAAUACAAAGCUCGAUAAGGAUCAAUUACUUCGACAGAUAGACAACUUUGAAGCUAUGGGCUUGGGCGGCUUUCAUAUUCAUGUUCGCAUCGGACUCGACACUGAAUACCUGGGCGAUGAAUUCAUGUAGUCUCUGUCCACCUCUACUUCACUUGAAUUACUUCUAACCGAAAUUGUAGGGAGCUGGUCAAAGCUUGUGUGGACUACGCUGAAAGCAAGAAUAUGCUCGCAUGCCUGUUAGUGCCUCCCUUAGUUCUUCGGGAAAUACAUGCUGAUACAGCCAAAAAAGCUACGAUGAAGAUCGCUGGCCUUCCGGUGCAGCUGGUGGCUUAGUGACGAAGAAAUACCCUGAGCAUAAAGGCAAGCAUCUGUUAUUCACCCCACAUCUCUACGGCACAGUACCCUUGGGUGGAGAGCGUUCUCCCUCCUCUGCGCGUGCUUGCCGUAGUGAGAAUGGCCACCUGAUUGCAACCUAUGACAUUACACUGGACGAAAACGGAUGUCUAAAGUCAAGCAAACUCCUCAACAAAGGAGAAUCUGGGGUUAACAUUUGGUAUCUUUACGAAGAAACAAAUCCCGGUUCGGCUUGGUUCAACGACCAAACCUACGUUGAUACUCUGAGCACCAAUGCCAUGGCGAAAUUCAUAGAAAUGACACACGAAGUCUACAAGUCAAAGGUUGGCGAUAAGUUUGGCACAGUAGUGCCAUGUAUCUUUACUGAUGAACCACAAUUUGCUAUCAAGACAACACUCUCAAAUCCCAGGGCUGGAGAAGAUGUCUUCUUACCAUGGACAACGGACUUGGCAGAAACCUUGAAGAAGCAUUAUUCUACCAAUAUCAUUGAAGAUCUCCCUCAACUGGUAUGGAACUUGCCCGAAGGAAAACCAAGCGUGUCACGAUACAAUUUUCAUGAUCACGUCUGUGAGAGAUUUGUAUCGUCGUUCAUGGACCAAAUAGCACAAUGGUGUAAGAAGAAUGGGCUCAUGUUGAAUGGUCAUAUGAUGGAAGAACCAACGCUUUACUCACAAACUUCGGCCAUUGGCGAGGCGAUGCGUUGCUACAGGAGUAUGGAGAUGCCUGGAAUGGAUUUACUUUGUAAGUGCUAAGUUGUAAUGGCCUUUCAACAAGCAGCUCCUGCAUACUGAAUUAUUUAGGCGACUGGACGGAAUACAAUACUGCGAAGCAGGUAAAUCAAUGUCAAGGUUUUGGGAGACGAAAAUGUCUAAUCAUUGUUCAGGUCUCAUCAGUAGCAAGACAGAAUGGAUUGAGGGGAGCCAUGUAAGAAAUCCUAUGGGAAUUAAAUAAGCCGCGAAAACCUCUUACUAUUCCAAACUUCUAGGGCAAUUCAAGCAUCCCCAAAAGAUAUGGGUCAGUUGCUUCGAUUGAUCUAGAAAAGUAGAAUAGACGGAGCAUCAUUUGGUGCUAUUUCUCCGCCCCAGCACCGCAGUGUUGAGCUGUGUAUUUGGGCACUUGGCUAACUUGGCAUUCUGCUCAGGUGCGAAAUAUAUGGCGUCACUCAUUGGACCUUUACAUUUCAAGAUCACAAAGGCUGCGGUGACUGGCAAGCCGCCCUUGGCAUUACAUUUCGAGUUCACCACUUAACAUGGUUAAGUAUGGCUGGAGAAGGUAAGAGAGAUUAUCCAGCGUCCAUUGGAUAUCAAAGUCCGUGGUUUAAAGAGUACUCGUACAUUGAGAACCAUUUCGCAAGGGUCGGAGUAGCCUUGACAAGAGGAAAGGCUGUAACAAGAAUUGCCGUCAUCCACCCUAUUGAGAGCUACUGGUUAGCCUGGGGUCCCAAUGGACCUGGAAAUGAAAGAGAUGAGAGAGAGCGGGCUUUCGGUGAUCUUACCCACUGGUUACUGCAUGGUCUCUUGGACUUUGACUUUAUUGCCGAAAGUCUCCUCCCGGAACAAGUUUCGGGCAGCAGCAGCGGAAAGAAACUACAUGUUGGGGCAUGCGAAUACGAUGUUGUCAUCGUACCAAAUCUACGGACGAUUCGCUCGACCACUUUGAAAGUUUUGCAAGCAUUCUCCAAAGCGGGAGGCAAGGUAAUUAUUGCCGGAAGUGCCCCAGAGCUCGUUGAUGCGAAAGUUCCCGAAACAUGCCCCUCGUUGGGUAACAUCCAAAACGUGUUCUGGGGCCGUGACAGCAUUCUCUCUUCUCUGGAGCCGUGGCGUGAGAUUCGCAUCUUCAAUGAUCAAGGGGUGCCCGCAGAUAACUUGUUACAUCAGAUAAGGCAGGAUGGAGAUAUUCGCUUCGUGUUUGUGUGCAACAGAGACAGGGAGAAUCCUGUGCAAACAGUCAUCAAGCUCAAAGGGGAAUGGGCGGUUGAGAAUAUGGACACACUGGCUGGAAUCGAGAGCAAACUUCUUUCCCACGUUUCCGAUGGAUGGACAAUACUACCUUACAAUUUUGAAGGUUGCGCUAGUUUACUUAUCCGCUUGUCUCCUACCAGCACCAGCGGGCUGGGGUUCGAGCAUCUUACUAUAACGACCCCAAGUAAUGGAACCAAAAUCCCGGAGAUCUCUGGCCCAUUACAGAUUGCAGCCCAUGCUACAGAAACUCUAGAUGUCAAGCUUGAGAGUUUGGACCUUUCAGAACCCAACGUGCUACUGUUAGACUAUGCUGAAUUCAAGCUUGAUGAUGGCGAGUGGUCUGGACUUGAAGAAGUGCUUCGAAUUGAUAAUAUCAUCCGCUCACGUCUCAAUAUUCCCCCCAAAGGCGGAGCUUGGAGACAGCCUUGGACAAUCUCAGAAGAGGACCGCGCUCCAAGAGCACACGUCUCGCUGCGAUUCACUUUCGAGUCCGCUUUUGAGAUAUUAGAUAGUACAGCUUUAGCACUGGAAGGUGCUAAAACUACCAAGGUUACCAUAAAUGGCUACACUUUACACUUCUCUGAGAAAGAAAACCCUUACUGGGUUGACGAAUCUAUCACCGCGUUGGAGAUUCCAAUCAAUACCAUCAAAAAAGGCAGCAACACCGUCAUUCUAGAAUUUUCUUUCGGCAUUCUGACUAACAUCGAACGGAUCUACCUCCUCGGUUCUUUUGCUGUUGAUCUCAAUGGCCGAAAUACUUCACUCCGUCCUCUCUAUCCUGGUCAUAUAUCCUGGGGCAAUAUUGCCGAACAGGGCUUCCCAUUUUAUGUUGGAAACGUAACUUACCAUUGUAGCUAUUCCGCGCCAUCAAAGUCCAAUGCUACAUUGAAAGUCUCCAAUUUCAGCAGUCCGGUCGUCACUGUCCAUGCAAUAGACACCAAUACCAAGAUAGGCACCAUUGCACUUCAGCCUCGUACCUUGUCAUUAGGUGAAAUUACUCCUGGUACUCAUCACAUCUCGAUAACUGCGUUUGGAAACCGCUAUAACAGUUUCGGGCACAUACAUCUACCUGAGUAUCUCAACCUCUGUGGACCCGACUUGUGGAGAAGUAAGUAUCUUUUUCUUCAGCCUGGUUUCAGGAACCCCUCUCGUUUCUUGCUCGUGUUCGUGUCCAAUCACCAGCCAGUUGUAUUUCUGUCAUAUUGACAAGAUAUGGAUAUCAUUGUAUGAUUGGCGAGUAUCAAUGAGUCUAGAGUAGCCAAGACGUGCUAGUUCUUGGUUGUCCCAGAUUUUCAUGGAAAUCCACUCGUGGGAUACCUAGACGAUGGGUUCUGGGUUCGGGGGCCACAGAAUAGACUCCCACAAGAGCCGUAGCCCAACAAUCCGCGAGAUCAACACGCGUAUUCAACGAUUCGAAACUUGGAGAACAUAUGCUAAUAUGAUUACAGCUGGUGGGGAUUGGUGGACAGAUGAUUACUCGUUAAGAGCUAUCGGGGUACUAGAUUGCCCAUCUAUUGAAACGUCGGAACUCGCGAUCGAACAACCACCAAUUGCUAAAGCACAGGGCGGUGACGAAGAAUGGGUUCUUAUAAAGAAAAGCGACCGGAUCCCACGUUCAUAACUAAUGUUUCAUAUGCAACUUUUGUCCAUUAAUUCACUUUUUGAUAUCCUCUUGGCACUUUCCCUAAGCUGAAAUGUUCAGGUUCGUUAGGCUCAUGUUUGCCACUGGAUCUCAAUGGAAUUGUCUUCCAGUCUGUACCGCAAUCUGGUUGAAGACUCGAGCCCGAAAUCGUCAUUCUAUCUUUAUGUUUUUUCCGUGACAAAGCUUCCGUCAUUUACUGCAAGAUCAUGGGUUCUUACAGCAGCAUUCACAACACGGGUGUAACAUACUAAU